AUGAGCGUGGAAGCUCUCGCACAGGAGCUGCUAGAGACGAAGCGAGAGCUCGGCCGACUGAUGGAGACGGUCGAGAACCAGAACCAGACGAUCACAGGCCUCCAGACGGAGCGAGCCGACGCAGACGCAGCGAGUCGGCAUCAGACGACGAAGGCUUUCGCCAAUGCGAUCAUCGGAGACAAAGGCAAGCCGCCGACCUUUGACAACACGAAGAAGCUGGACUUCCAUGACUGGGCGUUCAAGUUCAAAGCGUACAUCGGCAACCAGAGUCGGAAGUGCCUAGAAGGAAUGACCCAGGUCGAGUACAGCCAGAACCAGCUGAACUACGCCAACUACGACGAUGAGUGGAGACAGAUGGCGCAGUCGUUAUUCUACCAGCUCACGAUGUAUACGGAGGGCACCCCGCUCGGCAUCAUCCGCAAGGUCAGCAACCAAGACGGAUUCGAGGCAUACCGCAGGCUGAGCUCCCAGUAUGACCCUCAGAACAUGGGCAGCAUUCUAUCGAGACUAAUGAGGGUGCUGGAGUUUGACUUCGGCGGAGAAGCGGAUUUCCUCGACAACAUGGCGAAGUUCGAGAUCUCGAUAGAAGAGUACGAGAAGCUGGCGAGCGAGGCCCUCAGCGACAACAUCCGCUCGGCGGUCUUGAUCGCGCGAGCCCCUGAGGCCUUGAGGAACCAUGUGCUGCUGGGGACACCCAAGGAGGAGAUCCAGUGGGCGAGGAUCAAGAAGGUGGCCGCCGACUUCCUGCUCACGAAGCAGUCCAUGCCUGGUGGCCCUGCGCCGAUGGACAUCGGCGCCAUCAACAGCAAGGGCGGAAAAGGAUACGGCAAGGCCAAAGGCAAAGGCAAGGGCAAAGGCAACGACACCAGAGGUAAAGGCAAGGACAGGAGCAGCGGCGGUGGCAUCGCCGGCGGAGAGAAGAAGUUCCAGGGACAUUGUGGACGAUGCGGCAAGUGGGGACACAAACAGAAGGACUGCUACGCCAAGAUCCACAACGUGAGCACCUGGGACGGCAGUGGCUGGGACGGCAACACCUGGGACGAGAAGUGGGCGAGCUGGGACACCACCAACGAGAAGGAGAAGGGUGCGGCCUCCUCCCACGAGGACGCCAGCGCCUCCAUCAGUGCCAACGCCCUCCAGUGCUCCGAGUGCGAGGACGCUGCGUGGAUCUUCGCCGUCGGCACACUUGAGGGCCCGAGCGGAACUAGAGUUGGCCAGACGGUCGACAUCAUGGUGGACACUGGCGCCAACAAGUCGGUGUGCGGGCCCAGCGACUUCCCCGACUACCCCACUAUGCAGGACAGGAGGCUGGAGAUCAAGGUCGCCAACGGGACCUCCCUGAAGCACUACGGCGACAAGCAGGUGAACUUGAAGACGCAGGAUGACGACGAGAUCAGUGUGAGAUUCCACGUCACGGAGGUGACGCAACCGAUCCUGAGUGUCAACAGCAUCAACAAGGCAGGAGCUGGGGUGGAGUUCCCGCCGUCAGGCUCGACGGGCCCACCCUCGAUCACGCGGGAUUCGAGGAGCGGGCGAUCACGGCUUGGGCUGAAGAGGAGGCUCGGCCUGUUCUUCCUGCGCGCGACGGUGAUGAGCUACGUCGGCACCAAGAUCGGCGCGGACGGCCUGGUCGUCUACAACACGGCGACGGGCGUCCCCGAGGAGUACAUCGCUGCGCAGGUGGACCAGCCGAUGGAGCAAGAAGUCAGGCCCGAGGCUACGGUGAUGACGGCUCCCAGGGAGCCGACGCGAGCCGAGAGAGAGGCUCACGAGGCCCUCCACUGUCCAUACGCAGCGUGGUGCGCGGACUGUGUAGGGGGGCGAGGCCUGGACGACAGGCAUGAGAGGAUCAAAGAGGUAGAAGGUGUGCCUGUGAUCCAGAUCGACUACAUGUUCGGCAAGACGCAUCGUGACGAGAAAGUGCACCCAGUCAUGAAUGCCAUCGACAACGUAUACCACUCUACGGCCUCGGUAUGGUGCGAGGCGAAAGGUGGAGGAGACCUGUUUCUCCUGAAGUGUCUCAAGCGGUACGUGGAGAAGCUCGGGUUUGAGAAGGUUAUCAUCCAGUGCGACCCCGAGAAUGCGGCCAAGGACGUGGCGGCCAAGGUCGCGAGGGACAUCGGGAACAACGCGACCUUCAGGAGAGCCAUUGGGGCAAAGUACGGUAUCGUGAUCGAGUUGAGGCAUCCCCUGAUGGCCUGGAUCGUGCGCCACGCAUCGUGGACCCACGAUCGCUUCCUCAUCCACCGCUCCGACUACAAGACGUCCUACGAGCGUCAGCACGAGAGGCAUUAUGCCAAGAAGGUCCUACCGCUCGGCGAGACGGUCAUGUGGAGGCAACCUGGGCCUAUCGCCGCCAAGUUCGAAUCCGCGUGGGGAUACGGCAUCUACCUCGGGCGGUCGUUGGAGGACGACUCCCACAUCUGCGGCACCAGGCACGGCAUUGUCGUGGCGAGGUCCGUACGGAGGCUCGUGGAGAGCGAGCGCUACGACAAGCAGCUGCUGCUGGCCAUGAAGGGCAUCCCGAGCGACACGAAGGCGCCGAAUGCAUCCACGCCAGUGGCAGACAGACCAGCCCCCGACCUCAACCUCCCGCAGCCCGCCAGGCUUCCGCGACCAGCGGACGCCGCGCCCGAGGAGGGGCAGGCAGGCCCCCAGGAGGGGGAGGUGAGGUUCGAGGAGCCGCAGGAGGGGGACCCAGGGGGCGCCGAGGCAGCUGCCGACGGCGACGAGGCCAUGGACGACGUCGAGCGGGCCGCGGCAGAGAGCGCAGCUGCACCUGAGGUGAAGCGCGCAGCAAUCGAGGAGCCUGAGAGCUCAGCUGGCAAGCGGGCCGGCGAUGAGGCGCCUGCGGAAGGCGAGGCGCACAAGGAGAGGAGAAUUGCUACGGUGAAGGUUGGCAGCGUGUCCGUCGCCAACUUGAUGGGCUACCCAGACGACACCGAGCUCUGCACGCCGUGCGAGCUCGACCCCAACUUCGAGCUGCUGAGCGAGGCGUACUACGACGACGACGACGGUGAGCGCCUCGACCCCGACGCCGUCCGCGAGGGGAUCAAGAGGGAGGCGAACUUCAUGGAGUCCCUCGGCGUCGGUGAGGUCGUGGCGCGACCCCGACACAUGAAGGUGUGGGGCACGAGGUGGUGCCACCGCAAGAAGGGUGAGGGGGUCCGCAGCAGGUUCGUCGUGAAGCAGUUCAGGGAUGCCCAGGCGGGGGAUUUCUUCGCCUGCACCCCGCGCACGGAGGCUGUGCGCGUGCUGAUGGCGGCGGCGCUGAUGCUCAAGCACGUCAUCGUGACAACGGACUUCAGCGUGGCGUUCAUGCACACGCCCGUGAAGGACGGCACCGAGAUCUACGUGGAGAUGCCGCCCGAGUACGGCAUGGGGCAUGGAUACGUGUGGAGACUGAAGAGGUCUCUGUAUGGGCUCAGAGAGGCAGCGCUACGAUUCCAGGAGUUCCUGGAGAGUAUCGUGGUCGGGAUUGGAUUCAAGGUCUGCAAGGCGGAGCCCACUAUAUACCAUCACAUCGAGAAGGGCAUCAGGGUCGUGGUCCACACGGACGAUCCUCUUGCCUCAGGUCCCACGCGGGGAGUGCUCGACGAGUUCUUCGACGAGCUGGCCAAGCACCUCGCGAUCAAGGGGCGGUACGUCCUGGGCGAGAACCCCGUGAUCUACCUCGGAUCGUCGCUGCAGAGGUUCGGGGACGUGAUCGUGGAGAAGAGCAAGCCCGGGUACGUCGAGAGCAUCCUCGACGCGGCGGGGAUGCUGGGCUGCAGGCCUGUGGGCACCGCUGGGGUCAGGCCAGACCUCACCCCGCCCGGAGCCGAGCAGCCGCUCAACAGCGAGGAGCAUUCGCUGUACAGGAGGUGCUGCGGGAAGAUCCAGUACGCGAUCCCGCGGAGGCUGGACGUGAUGUACCCGCUGAAGGAGCUCGGUCGUCGGCUGAGCGAGCCGAGGGUGGCCGACAUGAAGUGCCUGAAGCACCUCCUCCGCUACCUCAGCGGGACGGUCGACCUGGCCAUGGUUCACCGCUCCACGAAGGACUACAAGCGCAUCCGAGGUAGCACCGACUCGGACUGGGCGGGAUGCCACGAGACCCGCAAGUCGACAGCAUGCGGGAUCGUGCGGUGGUGCGGGGUGGUCGUCAGUGCCUACGCCCGCACGGAGUCAGUGCUCGCCCAGUCGAGCCCUGAGGCCGAGUACCUGGGGGCCGUGGAGCUGGCGGCGGAGAUGCUGUACGUGAGGGAGCUCGUCAAGUUCAUGGGCUUCGACGCGUCACUGGAGAUCGAGUGCGACGCGUCCUCCGCCAUCGCGAUCGCCUCGCGGCGCGGACUCGGCAGGUUACGACAUCUGGAGGUGAAGUGGCUAUGGCUCCAGCAGCUGGUCGGUACGGGCCAGAUCAAGAUCGUGAAGGUGAAGGGCACGGAGAACCUCCCCGACGUAGGGACGAAGUUCCUGGGGAAGGGUGCGCUCGAGAAGUGUCGCACCAUGCUUGGUCUGGUCCCGAUCGACGCCCUCGGGAAUGGCAUCGUGGCUGCCCUGAGUGCGUCCCGAGGAGCACGGUACCUGGCGACGUUCAUGGUCCUCGUGAACGGCGUGAAGGCUCAGCCAGCCACACCCGACGGCGGACCCGAUCCACACCUGGCGAUCGUGGUGAUCUGGUCGGUCCUCUGCAUGCUCGUGGGCGUGAUGCUGUGCUGGUGUGGCCGGUGCAUGUGCCUAUACCUCCCGAGGUCAGCUGCAGGACGGACGGGCAAGGGCUGCUCCAAGGGUCAGCCCAGUGAGAGCUCGGAGAGGGGCAGACCGGAGCCAGAACCCGAUCCGCCCCCAGCACCCGACGCUCCCCGUGAUCCAUGUCGGGAGCCGUCGGAGCCGCGUGGCAGGGGCGUGCUGCUGUUCCACCUGGACACGGUCGGGUCCUCGAUCCAUUCGAGUCCGAACUGCCAGGCUCUGCGCGAUCGGCAUCACCCGCUGGUGACGAGGAGGGGUUGCCUGAUCUGCGCUCGGUUGCUGGGCCAGGGGGCGCGCAUGCUGCACCACACGGACAGUGUCGAGAGUGCGGUCCACGCCGACGCCGCCUGCCGCGGGUUGAGGCACGAUCGCCACAUCACCGCAGGCACGGGCAGCGACGAAUCGGUGCUCGACCAGGGAGCAGCAGACGAAAACACAGCGGGGAAAUUUCUGUCGAGUCACCACAGCAGCCAGUACUUCAUCGCCGACCUCGAUGAUGACCGCAUGAUGCUUGUGACCGACCUUGGGGAGGGCUCUGCGCUGGACAGUCACGAGGGGAUAAUCGCAGACGAGGUGAGCUUAACGUUGUCACCCAGAGCUCGCCAGAAUGCCCAUGCUGCACAAUUCGAGGCAGAGUUCAAGAUUCAUUUGAACAUGACCCAGGCCCACGCCACAGGCAUGCCCAUGGGGCUAGAGCUCUCAUUCGAUACCGACUAUCAGCCCGUGUCGGUCAGCAAGGUCAAGAAACACGGCCUUGUGGAGGAGUGGAACACGGCGAACCCUGGCAACGAUGUACACGUGGGCGACGAGAUCGUUCAGGUCAACAGCGUCCAGUGGCACCACAACACCCCUGAUUUCGUCAAGCGCAUCAGCGGCCAGUUCAAGGCCGGACGCAAGUUGACGGCUGGGGCGAAUGAGUUGUUGACUCUCUACAUCCAGAGGCCGAAGCAACAUAGUCACAAGCGCUUCCCGGGGCAGCGGGAGGACGCCCAUCACAAAGCUUACCCCGUUGAGUUCGAUGCCAAGCUUACCGUUCUCCCGUUGGGGCUGCCCACGAGCGCCUCGGAGAACGAGGUCAUGGGCUGGGAGUUGUACGCCAAGAACGACUGGGACCCGGUGUCGAUCGGCAACCUCACGAGCGGCGGCGCCAUCGCCGCCUACAACAGCGCCAACCCAGACCGCGCCAUCAUGGCCGGGGACGAGAUCAUCUUCCGGCAGCGCAUCGCGCAGAAGUGCACGAUCUUCCGCAGGCAGGCGUCGGGGUCCGAGCCGCUGGUCCUCUCCAUUCGCCGGCCAGCUGCGGUCCACCAGGCAGCGGAGGCGGCGAAGGAUGCCUCACUGGCUGCGGCCCAGGGCCGCGUCGACCCAGCCCAAAGUUCUGCUGCGCCCGAGCCGGCGCUGAAGAGCAGCGGGCCGUCGGAAGAGCGAGUCCGAACUCUCGCCGAGUCCCUCCAGGCGGCAACCGACAGGGUCCGGGCCCUGAGUGCAGAGCGCAGCGAGGUCGUCCAGCAGCUCUCCCAGCUCGUGCGCAGGAAGGCGAACAUCUCGGCCGAGCUGGCCGUCGCGGAGGAGGCCCAGGAGGAGCUGGAGGCCGAGCGCGACGAGGCCCUGCGGAAGGCGGCGCCCUCGGAGCAGCCAGGGGGCGCCCCCGGAGCGGGCAGCGGGGCGGUGGCCUCGGCGCUGCCGACGCAGACGCCCCCGGGCGCCUCGGAGGAGGACGGCAGGUCGGCGCCCCCCGGGAGUGCCAACAACGGCGGCGCGAUCGGCGCCUCGGAAGGUGACGAACAGCCCGAUGCCCCCGAGAGCGGCGACGACGUGAUCGGCGCCUCGGAGGAUGGCGACGAGUAG